GUAGAUACUGUGUACCUGGCAAGUUGGUAGAACAAGAUGAGGUUCUUCUAUCUCAUACUCGUAUUAUACACCGGUCCUGUCAAAUCUCUUCAAGAUAUUGGUUGGUUUUGGCAUGCGUCAGAUUUUCAUUACGACUUUUCGUAUUGGUCAGACCAGUUAUCGUGUAAUGAUGAAGUGACGUCACCUGGUAUCUAUGGAGAUUAUUGGUGUGAUUCACCAUGGUUACUGAUAAAAGAUAGUAUUGAGUCGAUGAAAGAGAUCAGAGCUGACGUGGACUUCCUUCUGUGGACAGGUGACAAUGUAGCUCAUAUAUCUGAUGACUAUCUCAGUGUUGAUAUCAGUAUGGGAAUACUUCAAAAUAUUACCGAUGAACUGCAGAGGAAUUUCCCGGAUGUACCCACAUAUGCUACACUGGGAAACCAUGAUUAUUUCCCCAAUAACCAGUUCCCUGCUGAAAAUAGUGAGAUUUAUGACCGAGUAGCGGACAUGUGGACAGACUGGAUAAGUGAUGCAACCGAAAUUGCAAGAUUCAGAAACGGUUCGUACUAUUCCGUAAAGUCAAAACAUGGUCUUCGAAUUCUGGGCUUAAACACUAAUAUAUAUUAUACAUCGGACAAAGUGACCGCUAAUAUGAGCGAUCCGGCUGGACAAUUUGAAUGGCUAGACCAACAACUUACUGCGGCUAAGACUAACAACGAAAAGGUUUUGAUAACUGCUCAUAUACCGCCAGGUAUUCAUACACCAAAUACUAUUCUAUGGUUUUAUCCACAUUUUAAUGAUAAAUUUAUAGAAAUAAUCAACAAACAUGUUGACAAUGACGUCAUCACAGCAAUGUAUUAUGGACACGAUCAUUCAGAUGGUUUUAAGAUAUUCUACAAGAAAGACGGAACCGCAGCUUUUCCUAUAUUUGUAGUACCGUCUGUUACACCGUGGCGCUUUAAGGCUGGAACAGAAACUGGCUCACCUCAUAAUCCAGGCGUUCGUCUGAUCAGCUAUGAUAGAGCAACUGGACAACCUAUCAACAUUCUAAUGUAUUACAUAAAUUUACCUGAUAGUAAUGCUAAUAACAGAACAGACUGGAAGUUAGAGUAUAACUUCACGCAAGCGUAUGGGGUCGAUGACGUCACAGCACCAUCUCUACAUAAAUUAAGACUACGAAUGGAAGAGGAUAAAUCGUUAAUUGAUCUGUAUUAUAAGUUUAAAGAUGUCUCCGUGUCCAAUCCCGCAUCUUGUAAUGAUGAUUGUAAAACUUCAAUUAUUUGUGGUUUUUGGAAUCAUAAGCUAGAUGAUAUAAACACGUGCACUGAAAAGGGAAAGACCACAGAUAAUCCCGCAGAUAAUGCUGUUCCGCUACAAGCUAAUUUGGCAACAGCUGUUUGUUUGAUUUUAUUUGUACAACAUUUACUACUUUAAAUAUAAUCCUUGGGUUGCAUUUAGCAAUUGAGCACAUUAAAAAACACAACCCAAUUUAUAUGGAAAACAAUCACUGGUUUAUACACAUAUAGCACGACGUUUCGACAAC